AUGUCGCUGGCGGGUAAAGUAGCAAUCGUUACCGGCUCCAGCAGGGGUAUUGGCAAGGCCAUGGCCCUGGGGCUGGCCCGGGAAGGCGCAAACGUGGUGGUGGCCGCCCGCUCCGAGUCGGAACGCGACCUGGCGCCGGGCACCAUCUACGCCACUGCGGCGGAGAUUGAGAAGCUGGGAAGCAAGGCAUUGCCGGUGCGCUGCAACGUGCGGGAAGAGGAAAGCAUCCAGGCAAUGGUGCAGCAGACGCUGGAUACCUUUGGACGGAUUGACGUACUGAUCAACAACGCCGGCAUCGGCACCUACCGUCCCUUCCUGGAAUCAACCGUCAAGGAGUGGGACCUGGUGCUGGACAUCAACCUGCGGGCCACCUACCUGGGUUGCAGAGCCGUGGCGCCGAUUAUGUUGGAGCAGGGCGGUGGCAGCAUCAUCAAUAUUUCAUCCCAUGCCGCCGGCAACAUCUUCUCUUCCACCCUGUCCUCCGAUGCCGCCGAGGGUAUUGCGAUGAUGGGGCAGGCUUAUGGAGUGGCCAAGGCUGCGGUGGAACGCCUUACCUGGGGCUUGUCGGUGGAAUUGGGUAAGCACAACAUUGCGGUAAACGUCCUCCGCCCCUUGCGCCCUGUCAUCACCGAGGGGUUCCAGGCGCAAAGGCCGGACGCCGAUUACUCCACCUGGGCCACGCCGGAGGAUAUGGUCAAGGCCUCCGUCUUCCUGGCCGGUCAGGACGCCUAUGGCCUCAGCGGGGCGAACGUAACCGCCGAAGAACUGGUUCAACGGUUAGGACUGUAA